CUCUCUCUCUCCAUUAUAAUUAUAGAGCAUAGCUUUAUGGCACCACCAACUAUCCUCAGACACAAAAAGUUUCUAUAAAGGAAGGGACUUCACCUCUUUCACCCAAAUCCACCACCUCCUCCUCUCCCAAUCUCACUCUAAAACCACCACCAACCACCAUGUCCUCCUCCUCUCACAUUGUCUCUCUUAAAACACCACCAACCACCAGGUUCCCCUCUCUCAACCUCUCCCUAAAACCUCCCACCACCAUCUACCCCUCCUCCCCCGCCCGCCAUGAGACAAUCUUCCUCUCCAACAUCGACCAGACUCUCGCCUUCACCGUCGAGACCGUCCACUUUUUCGCCCCGAACCCUGGCUUCUCUCCUUCUCUAGUCUCCUCAAUUCUCAAAACUUCACUCUCUAGGCUCCUCGUCUUCUAUCCGUUCAUGGCCGGCCGCCUCCGGUUCAACCAAGAUAACCGCCUUGAGCUCGACUCAAAUUCCGCUGGUGCCAUCUUUUCGGAGGCUUUUUGCGAUCUCAACCUCUCGGAUGUCGGUGACCUCACUUACCCGGACCCCAUUUUCCGGCAGCUCUUUCAUCGGCCAGAAAAUCUGGCCAUCGAAGACUUACCCCUCUGUCAAAUUCAGCUCACCACUUUCAAAUGCGGUGGUUUUUCUAUAGGCCUUGGAACCAACCACACAACCCUAGAUGGAAUUGGGGCCUCAACCUUCAUUAAGAACUUAGCUUCAUUGGCAUCAGGGGAAGGCCUGAAGGCCGAGCCCUACAAUAACAGGCGUCUUUUAAGUUCAAGAAAUCCGGCGAACAUACAAUUUGAGCACCCGGAACUGGUGGUGCUCGAUGGCAUCCAAACUGGAGCGAACGGCUUCAGGAGGUGCACCCCAAACCCAGCCCCCCAAGAGGCCCCUGAGGGGUUGCCUGAAAAGUUAGGGUUCAAGCUUUUCCGGCUUUCAGCCGAGGACAUCGAUUUGCUGAAAAAGGUGGCCAUGCAAGGGGAGAGAGACAGAAAUGGGGGUGGUGCACAUAAUUGCACCAGUUUUGAGGUGGUCACUGCUCAUCUUUGGAGGUGCAGGGCUAUAGCAACUUCUCUCUCUAAAACUCCCGAUGAUCUAGACAUUAGCUCAGAUGGGGUUGAUUUAGAUAGCUUGUCCAUGGUCUUAUUUGCAGUUGAUAUAAGGAAGAGGGUGAAGCCUCCAUUGCCUACUGGUUAUUGUGGGAAUGCAGUUUUAGCUGGUUAUGGGAGAGCUAGAGUGAGAGAGCUUAGAGAGAGAGGACUGGGUUUUAGUGUGAGCAAGGUGAGAGAGGGGGUUGAGAGGAUGGAUGAUGAGUAUGUGAGGUCGGUUAUAGAUUGGGGAGAGAUACACAAAGGGGUACCUGGUGGGAAGGGGAGCUUCUUUGUGUCUUCAUGGUGGAAAUUAGGGUUUGAGGAGGCAGAGUAUCCAUGGGGCAAGGCCUUGUAUUCUGGGCCUUCUGUUCAUAGAAGAGAUGAUGCUGUUCUUCUGCUUCCUGAUACAGUUAGCAGGAGGAAUGGAGGUAAAGAAGGAGUGAAUAUUUUCAUGGCCUUGCCUCCAUUUCAGAUGGACAAGUUUCAGGAGUUGCUUUUGGGUGGCCUCUCAAAGUCAAUGUGGAACGGGAAUGCAUGAGAGAGAGUGUGUGUGUAUGUGCAUUUGAUGUGUGUAGAGUUCAGCUGAGAGAGAGAGAAAGAGAGAGCAUUUCUUGACUGUUAGAAUUCAGAGAGAGAGAGAGAGAGAAAAGUAUGAGUUCCCUUUACGUGCUAUAUGAUGUAUAGCUUUAUUUUCUCUGUCUGAUUUUUUUUUUUUCUAAAUGAUGUAUAGCUGUUUCUAUGAUUGUCUUUAAUUAUGAGUUUUA